GUCAUGACAAUAACAACAACAACAACAACACCAACAAGACCCAAGAAAAUCAAUGGCGACGACACGACGCAUGCGACAACGGGACGAUUGACGAAGUGACUACCCAGAGACGCGAUACCUGAGAAUUACAACUCAACUUGACAAGCUUUACAAUAUAUUUUAUUCUCUUCCAUCACACCACACUUUAUACCUCCUCCAACGCCUUGAGAGUGAUUAGUUGUUGGUUGUUUAAUAGGUUAGGUAGGUGCGAGAUUAGGUGUUUUAUCUUUAAAGCGCGAUUCUCUCAUUCAAUUUAUUCGUCGUUGUUGUCGAUGUUGUUGGUGAUCUUGGUCUCAGAGCGGCGCGGCGCAACAACACAAAUAUUAGAUUUUUUUUUUUUUGUUCAAACUUUUUUUGCUUGUGAGAUUUAGUGUUUGACCCAAACGCGUCCUCAGAUGAUCUUAUAUUGUGAGAAUUUACGAAUAAUGAAUUAUGCGCCGAUUACGACGACUACUGCAGCAAUUUUAGGAUUGAUGAUUGUACAAUUAUUGUUGAUAGUUCAAGCCUAUCGCGAGCAUAAGGUUCAUAACAUUGUCUUGUAUCCGGAUAAACAUUCAUGGUGCAAGACAACAACAAUUAAACAAGUGAUAAGUUAUCCGGGAUGUACAUCGAUUGAGAUUGAUAAUAAUGUAUGUGUUGGGGCAUGUUUUAGUUAUUCGAUACCACACACUGAGCCAUCGGAUCCGGGAGAGGUUAUUGUUCCAUACUGUGAUAGCUGCCAACCUUCAGAAACAACAUGGCAUCAGAUAACAUUGCAGUGCAGUAAAAAUGACGCCGAUACACCAUCACAGUUGAUCAAACAUGUUCAGAUAAUUCACAAUUGCUCAUGCACAUCGUGCGAAAAAGACAGCGUUGGCAUAGCCAAAUUCCCUGAAAACAAUGAAGAUUUCUUCUUGCAACAAAGUGCUGAUGCCGAAUUACUGGAUGCAUUGCAAUCGCGUCGCAACGAAUCAAAUCAUUUGGAAAACAAUGAGCGUUCAAAAAAGAUGCAUUCCUUGCUAAAUCAUAAGCUAAUAACGUUGCUUCGCAAUAUUCAGGCAAACAAUUCCGAGCACGAUAAGGAACAAUUGUUCGAUUUAUUCAAUGUGAUGCAGGAACCGAUGAAACACAAGGUCAAGGCUAAAAAUAUUAUCGAUUUUAUUGAGACACUACAAAGCAAUAAAACUGAUUUGGAUACAACUAUGCUCACUGAGAUUCUUUUAAAAUUCGAAUAUCCUAAGCAUUAUAAGAUCGAUAUUCCUCAUAUCGCAGAUAAUGCGAUGGUUGAUGAUGGCAUAGAGGAACUUAAAGAGUCACCAUCACCUAUUGUUGGAUCUUCGAGCUUGCCAGUAGUUGUUGGUGAUGACUCUGACGUGGCAAAGGACGAUUCAACACAAAAGCAACGAGUUCCAAUUGCUGUGUGGAUUCAAAAUCCUGCCUCCAGUGAGGUUACUAGUCCAUCAGACGAAGAACAUCACAACGAUGGUGAUGAUACCAACGAAGAAAUCGAUAAACCAAAUCCAAUUCUCGACGAUCAUGAGGAUAUACUUCCUCAAGUAAUUUCCUCUACUGAGAAGGUUUUAGAUGCUGUAAGCAUUUCUCCGAUAAGCAUUAGCGAUCAGAAUGAACAGGAGGAGAAACGUCCUGAUGUAUCUUCUGUGUCUUCGGAGCACGAUCAAUCAUCUGAAUUAGACAGCGGCAACGCUAAUCAUCAUCAUCAGCAUCACACGCAUUUGCAUUUGCAUCAACAUCACGUGAAUGAUAAUAUUGUCUCAUCACAUGGACAUUUGGCCCGUGGACCACAUGGAGCUCUAGUCAUUGAACCCGAUCGAAUUCACGAAGAAAAGUUGGAUGUUAAUGCCCAUGAAUUAAAACCCAAUCAUGCGGGUACUUUGCUCAGCUAUCACAGUCAUUCGGGUGAAGGUAACUCACGUUAAUCACCUCAUUUGUCUUUGUGAUAAGGCGUGGAGAGUUUUUUUUUUAUUUUUAUUUUGAUUUUUUUUUAUUUAAAAUUAGCUAUAGGUGAAUUUUUAAAAGGGAAAUUGCAAUUUUUCGAUUUUUUUUUAAAGGAAAAACAUGCCACAUUAUACUCAAAAAAAAAAAUGUGUGACUUUGGCAACAUUGUCACCCAAUAUUAUCUGACAAAUUUAUUGCAUGAAAAUGUGCCUUAAAUAUAGAGUUAUAAAACUCUCACAAAAUUAGACGAAAAAUUUAAUUUAACCAAAAUUUUAGCUCAAAUAACAAACGAUCUUUAAAUUCUUAUUUCUGACCUAAAAUUCGUUUGGACUAAACAAAAAAGAUACUUUAAAGUAAUUUGGAUUGGAUUCACUAACUUCUUUUCCAUAGAGAACACAUAUCCCAACUAAUAAUUUUGCUUCUAUAAAGCUUUACAGAAGUAAGUAACAAUAGCAUCUAUCAAGCCUUUAUAGAAGCAACAAUAGCAUCUAUAAAGCUUUAUAAAAGCAAAAUUGUAGGGGUCGAUGAAUGCAGUAAGAAAUAUCUACUUUUUGAUUACUUUGGAAAACUUAAUGGAACGCAUCUUACCACCUAAAUUUAGGCUGUGUAAAAAUGCAUUUGAUAUUUAGUGCAGUACAAAAUACAGCCAACAAAUAAUUUCCUAAGAAGACAAUUUUCUAGUCUUUGAUUGGUCAUCUGUCAAAAAGGACACUUCCUUUUAGUUACUUUUUUGACAGAUUAAAAAUUUUGUUCUCUUAAAAAGAUUGUUGAUUAAAUUUUUAUUUGAGUUACUUUGGUCAAAAAAAAAAAAUAACCUAGGGAUAAAAUUAAAUCUAAAACUAAACGCAAAUUUAGUUUUGUUUAAGUGCUUUAAUUUUCACUUAAAAUUAUAUUUUGUUAUUGCACAUUUAAAAUAAUAAAUAAUAUUUAAAAUUUAUCAAAAGAUGUGUAUAAUUUUUUUUAUAUAAAAAUUGGGGAAAUGUGCACUCUUAGAAUAUUAAAUUUAUAAAAAAAAAAAAACAAAAAUUCUAAAUAUUUAAUUUAUGUUUUAUUUUGUUUUAAACAAUUGAUUUAUUAUUUUUAUUUAAAAAAAAAAAAGAAUUAUAUUUAUAAUCUAGAUAUACGAUUAAUUUAUAAUAUUAAAAUGUUACAAUGUGUA